AUGGCGGAACACAACAUUGUCGUUUUUGCGGGCGACCACUGCGGCCCAGAGGUUAUUGCCGAGGCAAUCAAGGUUAUCAAGACGGUCGAGCAGCUGAGCCCGACUGCUGGCAAAUUCAAUCUGCACGACCACCUGCUCGGAGGGUGCUCCAUCGACCAGACCGGCUCCCCCCUCACCGACGAGGCCCUCGCCGCCGCCAAAGCUGCCGAUGCCGUGCUCCUCGGCGCCAUUGGCGGUCCCAAAUGGGGCACCGGCGCCGUCCGCCCAGAGCAGGGCCUCCUGAAGCUGCGCAGCGAGAUGUGCGCCUAUGGAAACCUCCGUCCCUGCUUCUUCGCCUCCGACGCCCUCGUCGAGUCCUCCCCCCUCAAGGCGUCCGUCUGCCGCGGCAUCGACAUGAUGCUGGUCCGGGAGUUGACCUCGGGCCUGUAUUUCGGAGAACGAAAAGAGUACGAUGGCGUCAAUGCGUAUGACACUGCUGUGUACACGAAACCAGAAAUCGAGCGUAUCGCGCGGCUUGGCGGCUACCUGGCCAGGACCAGGGGAGACUCGCGGGUCAUCUCGCUGGACAAGGCCAACGUGCUGGCGACAAGCAGACUCUGGCGCAAAGUGGUUGACGAGGUCUACAAAAACGAGUUCCCCGAUCUCAAGGUCGAGCAUCAGCUUAUCGACAGCGCGGCCAUGAUCAUGGUCAAGAACCCGACACAGCUGAAUGGCGUUAUCCUGGCGCCCAACUUGGCAGGGGAUAUUCUCAGCGACGAGGCGAGUGCCAUAGCUGGAAGCAUAGGCCUCCUCCCGAGCGCGAGUCUCUGCGGCAUUCCGGGCUCGGGCUCAGACUCUGCAGUUCGCUCCAUCUAUGAACCGAUUCACGGUGAGACUCCUAUCCUCCACUCGAGCCCUCGUAUGACAGGGAGCGCGCCGGAUAUUUCAGGGAAAGGGAUUGUUAAUCCCAUUGGCACCAUCCUUUCCGUAGCCAUGAUGUUCCGAUACUCUCUGAAUCUCCCCCACGAGGCUAAAAUCGUCGAGGACGCGGUCCGCGCUGCCAUUGACGCCGGGCUGAGAACCAAGGACAUGGGCGGCAGCACGAGCACCGCAGAAGCAGGCGAUGCCAUUAUUGCUGAGCUGGCCAAGCUUCUCAAGGCGUGA